CAGUAUUACGUUUUCAAAGUUUGUUUAUCUUUUAAGGUUAAUAUUUUGUGGUAUGUUCUAAAUUAUUGUGGUGGUGUUGAAGACACGGAUUAUGUUUUAUGAGAAAAUUUGGGAAACUAGAAAGGAAACUGAAGAUGAAAUCUCUAAACCAAAAUUCUCAAAUGAGGUCGAGGACCAGCGAAUUUUGAAAAUUGUCUAUGGAUUACUGGAUGCAGUAGACCAAGAAAAUACUUUUGAGAGAGAUUCAAGGAUAAGAGCAGGAUCCAACAAUAUGGAUAAAAAUAAUAUAUACUACAGUGCUAGGAGUUGAGGAUUAAGAUAAUGAGUUAUGGAUGAGGAUAAUGAGAUGAGAUUAGAGGAUUUCAGAAGUAUAGUCAUUCAAGUUGGGAAAUCUUAUUUUUUACAUUGAAACAUUUCAAGUAUUUAGUAUUUCCAGUAACUAAAUUUUUUCAGAGAUAACAACCAAAUAUGACAAUAACGUUAGAAAUGCAGUAUCAAAUUAUCUAAUUAGAAUUUUCAUUUUUUAAACAACUUGAAUGGCAAAAUUUAAAAAAUUCUGUAAACGUUUCUCCAACUGCAGGCUGAUGGUAUCAUUCCGCCAUUUUCAAGAUUUGAUGAAUAUGCUCGCAUGCAACAAGAAUGACAACAAUCUAGAGGGCAGAGGUAGUUUUAACAGAAACAGCCAUCAAGAGGGCCGUGAAAAUUAUGGCAGGAAUAGUAACCUGGAAGGCAGAAACAGUAAUCAGGAAUGCCGUGGAAAUUACAGCAGAAAUAGUAACCUAGAAGGUGGUGGACAUUACAGCAGAAACAGUAAUCUAGAAGGCCAUGGAAAUUUUAGUAGAAAAAGGGAUGAUUAUCAAGAGAAUGUCAAUAGAAACAAUAGUAGUCUAGAAAGUCGUGAAAAUUUCAGUGGAAACCUUAAUACUCUGGAAGACUAUAAAAACUUUGGGAGAAACAAUUUAAAUCGAGGUGGCAGUAGUAGCAACAGCAAUCUAACAGGCCGUGGCAGUUUUAGUAGGAACAGUAAUAAUUCAGAAGGCCGUGACAGUAUCAGUAGAAACAGUAAUCUAAGAGACAACAAUCUGGAUAGUUAUGGCAGAAAAAACAAUAGAAAGGAUGAUUGUGAUAAUGAGUGUGCAGGAAGUUCCAGUAGGACAAGUAAUUUGGAUGGCCGUGAAAAUUUCAGCAGAAACGACCCAAGUUAUAGUCACACGAAUCUUGAAGGCCGUAACUUUUCACCUGCCUACAGCCAACGUCCUCGAAUUUCAACUCCAUCUUCAGAGACCAGUGGUGUGUCAAAAAUUGCACUGCCAGCAAAGUCCACUCCCUAUGGAAGUCCCAGACUAUCUUCACCCAGAAUCCCCAUUAGAACAGACAGGGCAGCCAUUUUGAAUAGUCCAGAUUCCAUUUCAAGGUCACUGAAUUCUUCACCAGUUAGGAACUUUGAGGCGUCUGGACUGUUUCAACAUUUUUAUGCCAACCCAUCAUCACAAAACCAGCGCGCAGGUUUCCCCUCAAACCAGAAACCAUUGAUUAAUCUAGUGAACAACCAACAACAUAAACCGGUUUUGAAACGGUUCAAUUAUAAUGGUGGGGGGAAAAAUAGUGGCAGCAGUAGCUUGAUCCCAUACAAGAAUGAUUCAUUUAAAGGUUAUGUUCAACGAAGCAAUGAUAAAACUGUUAGAAACAAUAAUGUGAGUAAGAGUGAAAAUAAUAAUUUUGAUAAUGAGUUCUCCAAAUACAAACCCUUGCCAGCUAUUAAUGGGAUGGAAAAAAAUGAGAAUGGUAGCAGAACGUGGUUGUAUCAAGAUGGCGGCGAUGUGGACCGGAAAAAACUGCGCAGACAGCUGACCUACAAAGUUUUGAAACCUGUGUUUGUAAAGGGACCCUUAGAUAUGAAAGUGGGGAAGCUUGGGGAUGAGAAAACCACACCCAAAGAUCGGAGACUGGCUAAGAAGCUGCGUAAUAAGACUGUGGUGUUGAGGGGUGAUGAUUUGAAGAAAAUGGCUGAAAAUCAAGAUGGCGGUAAAGUGGGCAAUCUGCGGGAUCGGUUGAGUGUAAGGACGGAUUUGAUUGAAGCUGGGGAGAAACUUAAGAAAGGUCUGUCCUCCAAUGAGAAUGCGUUCUGGUUUGAGAUGUAAAAUGUGAAAGGUUCCAGCUAUUUUGGGAAACAAUAUUAUGAAAAUUCUAGUCAAAAAUGUGUUACAACAAGAUUGUGAGAUUUGAUAUGUAUUCUGUUCGCUUGAUGUGUCAUUUCAUAAUGUGGAAAAAUUUCAAUGAACUAGGCCUAUACUUUGACUGUUAACUAUUGUGUACAAAAUGAAAAACUGUACAGUAAAAUCCAAGUUUGUAUUUUAA